AUGUUGCAAGGCCCAGUCCUCAACCACACUUGUCUCCGUGUCAAAGACCCCAAAGUCUCCAUCCCUUUCUACGAAAAGCACUUUGGCUUUGUCAAACAGAAGGUCAUCAAUGGCGACUCCUUUUCCUUGUACAUUCUUGGUAUCCCUAACAGCAUCGAGCCAGGCGCCAACUGGGGUGCCCAAUCAGGUCUCUUGGAAUUGAAGCAUGAUUUCGGUUCCGAGAACGACCCCAACUUCUCGGUCAACAACGGCAACGACGCCCCCCACAGAGGCUUUGGCCACAUCUGUGUGUCUGUUGACAACAUCGUGGAAUCUGAGAAGAAGUUGUUGGCUGACGGCGUGCAAUUCAAGAAGAAGUUGUCUGACGGUAGACAAAAGAACAUCGCCUUCGUGUUGGACCCUGAUGGAUACUGGAUCGAGUUGAUCGAAAACGGAAUCAACAAGCAAGAAGGCAAGACCGACCUGGCCACCUACAAACUCAACCACACCAUGGUCAGAGUGACCGACCCUAAGAAGUCCUUGGACUUCUACAGAAACGUGUUGGGCUUCAAGUUGUUGACUACAUUGAACUUCGAAGAAGCCAAGUUCUCGCUCUACUUCCUUGCUUUCGACGACUCCGAAUCGUUCGUCGAAAAUGUCUCCACCGACAACAGUCAACGUACCGGUAUCUUGGAGUUGACCCACAACUGGGGCACAGAAUCCGACCCCGAGUUCAAGGGUUAUCACAACGGUAACACCACCGAGGACGGUGCCAAACGCGGCUACGGCCACAUCUGUGUUUCUGUGAAGGACCCCCUGGAAAUCGUGUCGAAGAUCGACAGCUUUGGCUCCGAAUGGAUCCAAAAGUACGGCGAAGCAGGCGAGCUCGGAUUCUUCAGAGACCCAGAUGGGUAUGAAAUCGAGAUUUUCCACCACGGCAUCUUACCAGGAACCGAAGUUGCUUCCUUGUAG